AUGCCGGGAAAAAGCAGCGACCAGUUUAAAGCUGGAGACCUGGUGUUCGCUAAGAUGAAGGGUUUCCCUCACUGGCCUGCCAGGAUCUGCAAGUCAGACCGCGGCUACAAGAAACGAAUCCCGGUCUUCUUUUUUGGGACUCAUCAGAUAGGCAGCCUGCCGCCCGAGAACGUCGUUCCGUACAUCGGAAACAAGAUGAAGUACGGCAGUGGAGUUCGCAUUAAAGGCUUCGCUGAGGGAAUGUGGGAGAUCCAAAACACUCCUGGAGUCGGCAGUAAACUAAAAAUAACAGCAGGUGAAGUCGUCAGUAAACCUGCUGCUGAAACAAAUAAAGCUGCAGCUAAGACAGAAACUCGAAGCACUCGAAGUUCUCCAGCAGAGGAACCAGAACCUUCAGCAGCUUCCAGCUCUGCAGAGACUGAAUCUGCUGCUACCACCAGGAGCAGAGCAGCAGAGUCCAAGCUCGCAUCACUGCAGAGGAAAGGAGAGAGGAGGCAAAUCUGUGGACCAAGAGCAACAGCGCCACCUGGCGGCGAAGAGAGAGAGUCUGCUGAGGUCUCUGAGGGGUCUACUGAAGGCCGGCCGAGGAGCAAAGAGGAGGGAGGCGAUGAAGAACGCCACGAGAGUCGGAGAUCCAGCCAAGAGGAAGACGGAAACUCAGAGGACCUCAGAGAAGACGAGCAGGAAGACGGGAACCUCCAUCAGCCAGAGAACACCAGAGAAGAAGAACAAGGAGGAGAAAGGAGAGAAGACGAGUCAGACGGCAGAGGAGGUGAAGGAGAAGGAGGCGAGAGAAGACGAGAAGAAGAACGAAGAAAAGAAAGAGGAGAGGAAAAUCAUCGGGAAGAUCGUGAAGGCAACAGCCGGACAGGGAACGAAGAUCCAGGUGAAGAUGGGAGGAAUGACAACAACGACCGAGGAGGAGAAGAAGAAGAGGGAGGAGGAGGAGAAAAGAAGGAGGAGAAGAAAGAGAGGGAGGAGGAGGAGAAGAAGAAGGAGGAGAAGAAGAAAGAGAGGGAGGAGGAGGAGAAGAAGAAGGAGGAGAAGAAGAAAGAGAGGGAGGAGGAAAAGAAGAAGGAGGAGAAGAAGAGAGAGAGGGAGGAGGAGGAAAAGAAGACAGAGGAGAAGAUGAAAAGGGAGGAGAAGCAGAAGAAAGAGAGGGAGGAGGAGGAGAAGAAGAAGGUGGAGGAGGAGAAGAAGAAAGAGAGGGAGGAGGAGGAGGACAAGAAGAAGGAGGAGGAGGAGAAGAAGAAGAUGGAGGAGGAGAAGAGGGAGGUAGAGGAGAAGAAAAAGAUGGAGGAAGAGAAGAAGAUGGAGGACAAAAAGAAAGAGGAGAAGAAGGAGGAGAUAAAUAUGGAGAGGGACAAGAAGAAAAAAGAGGAAGAGGACAAAAGGCAAGAGGGAAAGAAGAAGAUGGAGGAAGAGAAGAAGGAGGAGAAUGUGGAGGAGUUGAAGAGGAGCUUGAGAGGCGGCACCGGAGAGAUGAAGAAAUCUGAAGAUGCAACGAGACUAAGCUCAGAGGCCAAGAGGAAAUCAGAAAGAACGAAGGCCGAGGACGAGAAAGACAAGAACGCAACGGAGGAAGAGAAGAAGAAGAAAGACGAGGAGGAGAAGAAGAAAGAUGAGGAAAAGAAGAAGAAAGAUGAGGAGGAGAAGGCUGAAGACGGGAAAAGAGUCGCAGGCGGCGAGAGGAAAUCAGAAAGAACGAGAGCCGAGGACGGGAAAGAAAAGAAUGCAACAGCGGAAGAGAAGAAGACGAAAGACAAGAAGAAGAGGAGGUUGGAGGAAGAGAAGAAGAAGAUGGAAGAGAAGAAGAAGAGCUCGGAGGAAGAGAAGAAGUCUGAAGAUGGGAAAAGAGUUGAGAGGAAAUCAGAAAGAAGGAGAGCAGCAGCCGAGGACGGGAAGAAGAGCCAAACGGAGGACGAGAAGAAGACGAGCGGAGCUGAUGAGACACACGGAGGAGAAGAACAGCAGAAAGAGGAGGAGAAGAAGAAAAUGACAACCAGAGAGCAGAAGAAGAAAGAAAACCCCAAGGGGGAAUCACAAGAGAAGAUGAGCGACAAAACGGUGCCAGGUCACCCGAAGAAGAGGAGCAAAGAGGAAAAGAAACCACAGAAGAAGAGCAUCAAAGACGACAAAACGGCGGCAGAUCAGACAAAUAAAACGAGCGCCGAAGAGUCAAAACCGCAGAAGAAGAGCAGCGACAGUGACAGGAGGAGCAGAGCCGAGACGUCGGUCGAAUCCACCACCAAAGAAGAAGCGGAGAAGAAGAGCGCAGAAGAAGACGGUAAACCAGAGAAGAAGAGCUCUGCAUCGCUAACGGACUCAACUCUGCACAGAAUCCACGGAGACAUCAGGAUAUCUCUGAAGUCCGACAACCCGGACGUGUCCAGGUGUCUGAGGGCGCUGGAUCAGCUGAGCAUGGUUUACGUGACGUCACAGCACGUUCAGAGACACAGCGAGCUGGUGGCCACGCUCAGGAAGAUGCGCUACUACCGGGCCAGCGAGGCCGUCAUGGCCAAGGCCUCGAUGCUCUACAACCGCUUCAAGAACGCCUUCCUGGUGGGGGAAGGAGAGGAGGUGGUGAGCGCCGCCUUCCUCAGGUCGCUGCUGCAGGAGAAGGAGGAGGAGGAGCAGCAGAGGGUGGAGCGGUGCAGGAGGGAAGAGCUGCUGGACCAGGUGAGGAGGAGGAUGGAACAGCUGAAGGAGAGGAAGAGGAGGGACGACGACGAGGAGGAGGAUGGAAAGAAAGAAGAUGGAGAGGAGGACAACGGAGAGAAGGAUGAGAAAGAGGAGGAUGGAAAAGAACCGGACAACCAGACGGCAGCUCCAGUGGACUCUUCCUGAGGUUCUCCUGAAGCAGCUGGACUGAACCACGUCUGACCUGCGGGGGGGAGCAGCUGAACAACACGUUUACCUCGACAGACUGUUUAUUUAUUGUUUUAUUUAACGUCAGCAUUAAAUCUGCUCUGAGUGGUUGAAGUCCAGCCUCACCUGGACUCACCUGUUCACCUGCUGCAGACUCCUGUACUGUUAAACAUGGACUUUGUUUUAUUGGUUUUAUUGGGUUUUUCUUUGCCGUUUGACGUCAGACUGAAGCAUUAAAGUUUGUGUAGAACUUUGUACAGACAGAUUUUAUGGUUUUCUUGUUUUUAUUUCUGUUACUGAUUAAAGUUUCCAUCGUUUCUGCAGACGUCUGCUCGUCUGAGCGUCUCCACAGUUUGAGAAAAGUGUUUUUAUUUUUCAUUUUAAACCUGCAGACAUUAAAGACUUUAAAAAGUUAAA